ACUGCUGCUCCAUCAGUGUGGGUUCAGCCGCUGUUCACUUCUGCUGCUCUCUUCUCUUCAUAGUUCUAAAUGAUAUAUUUUUAUAUUUUAUGGAAUAACUGGUGUUUGAGAUUGGAUCAGUGAGGAUCUGAGAGCGCUGAAUAAACCGCAGUGUAGAGGAAACACGGAUAUUUUUGUGUUUUUUUUUAUUGUGGUUUCUGCUUUUACAUUUCACUCAUUGUGGAAAAAAACUGGGCUUUUAACCAAAUUAAUGAAUUUAUAGUUAAAAAAAAACCCGGAGUGUUUCUCCCGGAAUCGCAGAGCAGAGCAGAGAUCAUCUUUAAGUUGUGGAGAAAACUUAGUCUGAAUCCAACUUUUCUUUCUGAGGUGAAAAGAAUGCUAAGCUAAUUCGCAUUUAGCGAUAGCUAGCCUAGCAUGCUAACGUCUCUCCUCAGGGAACGCGCUCGGAUUCGGCUACUUUCUCUCAGCGCCAUGCUUCUGACCUGACUGGAUUUAUACAGUUCACCAUAAAGAGGAAAAAAAGGCGAAGAACGUAAGGGUUCCUGAGCUGCUGAUUUCUUCACCUGUGUUGGCCGAGUGAGAUUCUGAGACUUGGAUCAUAAAUGAGAAGUGCCUGAGGUGUGUGAGUGUGUGUGUGUGUGUGAGUGAGUGAGAGGAUGAGCUCUAAGCGUAGUCUGUUGGUGCGGUUGGUGCCAUGCCGGUGUUUGCGUGGGGAGGAGGAGACGGUCACCUCUCUGGACUAUAGCCACUGCAGCCUGGAGCAGGUUCCCAAAGAGAUCUUCAGCUUUGAGAAGACCCUGGAGGAGCUCUACCUGGAUGCCAACCAGAUUGAGGAGCUCCCCAAGCAACUCUUUAACUGUCAGUUACUGCACCGGCUCAGUCUGCCUGACAACGACCUGAGCGUCCUGCCCCCAGCCAUCGCUAACCUCAUCAACCUCCGAGAGCUCGAUGUCAGCAAGAACAGUAUACAAGAGUUUCCUGAAAAUAUUAAGAACUGUAAAGUCCUGGCCAUCGUUGAAGCGAGUGUGAACCCCAUUUCUAAGCUUCCUGAAGGUUUCACACAGCUACUCAGUCUAUCUCAGCUUUACUUGAAUGAUGCCUUCCUCGAGUUCCUACCAGCAAGUUUCGGCAGACUGACUAAGUUACAGAUUCUGGAGCUGAGAGAGAAUCAGUUAAAGAUGCUGCCCAAGAGCAUGCAUAAACUGAUGCAGCUGGAACGACUGGACCUGGGGAGUAAUGAGUUCACUGAAGUGCCGGAGGUGUUGGAGCAACUUACAGGCAUUAAAGAGCUGUGGAUGGAUGGGAACAAGCUGACAGUUUUACCCCCGAUGAUUGGGUCGCUGAAGCAGCUGAAAUAUUUGGACGUGUCCAAGAACAACCUGGAUAUGGUGGACGAACAGAUCAGUGGCUGUGAGAACCUGCAGGACCUGCUGCUGUCCAACAACGCUCUUACACAGCUGCCUAGCUCUAUAGGCUCUCUGAAGAAGCUGACCGCUCUGAAGGUGGAUGAGAAUCAGCUUGUGUGUUUGCCAGAGUCGAUAGGCGGACUCACAGCUCUGGAUGAGUUGGACUGCAGCUUUAAUGAGAUCGAGUCUCUCCCUGCUUCCGUGGGAAAGUGUGUGAACCUGCGCACCUUCGCUGCUGACCAUAACUUCCUCACCCAGCUGCCCCCUGAGAUCGGCUGCUGGAAGAAUGUCACUGUGCUGUUUCUGCACUCCAAUAAACUGGAGUCUCUGCCUGAGGAGAUGGGAGACAUGCAGAAGCUCAAGGUCAUCAAUCUGAGCGACAACAAGUUGAAGAAUCUUCCUUACAGCUUCACCAAGCUGAAUCAGAUCACUGCUAUGUGGCUCUCUGAGAACCAGUCCAAACCCCUGAUCCCCCUGCAGAAGGACGAGGAACCGGACACACACAAAACUGUCCUCACCAACUACAUGUUCCCUCAACAGAGCCGGACAGAGGAGUACGCUCAGAACUCAGAUGGUGAGAGCUUCAACCCGACUCUGUGGGAAGAACAGCGUAAACAGCGAGCACAAGUGGCCUUCGAGUGUGAUGAAGACAAGGAUGAGAGAGAGGCUCCACCAAGGGAAGGGAACCUAAGGCGUUACCCCACGCCAUACCCUGACGAGCUGAAGAACAUGGUGAAGACAGCGCAGUCUGUGGCUCACCGCCUGAAAGAGGACGAGUCUGGAGACGAGACGGCCGGAGAGAGGAACCACAUUGGAGUGCAGAGUGUAGGGGUGAAGGUGAUUGAAACUCCAUGUACCAAUGGUAAAGCACAUGAGCUGGAGUCCAAGUCUCCGGUCCAGAAUUCCACUCCACCUGAGCUGAGAGACAUUCCAGAUAACUGUGACACAGAGAGGAUCCCGCUGAAGAGCUCCGAGAACACAGGACCCAUUGUAAACUACGAGGACACACUCGAGGAGUCGGAGGAGCUGUCGUCUGAUGAAGAGGAGAUGAAGAUCGCUGAGAUGAGACCUCCUCUUAUUGAGAUCUCCAUUAACCAGCCCAAAGUGGUGGCCCUCAGCAAAGACAAGAAGGAUGAUAGUAAAGAUGCAGACUCAUUACUGGAUGAGACGGUAGCCAACAGCAACCAGAACAACAGUAACUGUUCCUCACCCUCCCGCAUGUCGGACUCAGUGUCUUUAACCACAGACAGCAGCCAGGACAACUCACUGUGUACUCCUGAGAGAGAGACCAAGAUCCCUCUCAUCCCCAAGAACAGGCAUGAGGAUGAGAACCUGAACCAGCUGAAGGAGACGGUUCCACUGCUGCAGAACUGUAACGGCUCAGAGACCUCGCUGCAGACAGUCCUGAAGAACCAGCGCACCUACGAGAGCAAAACAGGUACCAACAUGUCUGACUACGAGCUGUCCAUGGAGGAGAAGUUGGCACUCAUCGAGAAGGACAUCAACAACGGUGUGUCCGAGCCCUACAGCAAGUGGGAUCAGAUCAACAUGAACGUCUCUUAUGAAAACAUGGAAAAGACCAAGAGCAGUUCCACAGCGGAGACGAGACUCAGCAACAACAACAUCGGCUCUGUGGAGAACUUCAACAAUGGGAACCAGAACAGCAAAGCGCAGAUGGGGGAAGGCAUGACUAAGCACGAGGUCAUCAGAACGGUUAUGGUGUCCAGCGACGUGUCUCUGUCUCGCAGCACAGAGGAACUGACUCCUGAGAAGAGAUGUCCUCCAGCAACUGUGAUGAAAUCUCAAAGCAUCAGCAACAUGGAGGCUGGUGGAAUGAAGCUUUACUCCACGGAAGGUGAGGUUCCUCCAUAUGAGUGUGUAGUGGGUUCUCCAGCUGUCCCGGGCCCCCAGUGCCAGAGCAUCGUCCGUUCCAAAUCGGCCUCUUUGCUCGACGAGCAGCCGCUGCAGGUCCACCAUGGUUCCUCGGGUUCAUCCUCUGACCUCCUGAGCUCUGGCGGCAGAGUUCCGGCCCGUUACCCCAGUGCCCUUCCACCUCAGUAUAAUGUCCAGUACGCGAGCAGUACCGUGCCUAAAGACAACCUCUGGUGCCAGCGUACCCCAGUGCCCCCUGAUCAGCCCUACCUCCCUCCUCAGCACUCAUUUGCCAACACCAACUUCUCCAACCGCAACAACGCACCACCAUACCCCCACCAGCCUCAGCAGCGCGGCCCACCCAAAACACCGGACAUGUGGGCCAAAGAUCGCAUUCUGCCCCCCGGUGUGCAGAGGAACCCCCUACAGAGGCAGAGCAGCACCUCUUCUAAUGCCUCUAUGGUCAUGGUGGAACCUCGCCGUGUCCCCGGGCCUGACGGUGACUACGUGAGCUACAGAGAGAUCCACAGUAUGCCCCGAGCCCCUCUACAGAUGAAUCUCCAGAGACCCCUGUCAGCCCGCACCUACAGCGUGGACGAAGGGAACGCACCACGCCCACACAGCACCCGUCCUCCACCACACGAGCUCCCCGAGAGAACCAUGUCCGUCUGCGACUUCAGCUACCAGCAAGGCAGCCCAAGCAAGAGGCCCAACAUCCGGGUGAAGUCUGAGCACUCUCUGCUGGAUGGAGCUCCUGGUGGAGGUGGCAGGGUUCCAGCUGACUGGAGAGACCAGGUUAUGAGGCAUAUUGAGGCCAAGAAGAUGGAGAAGAUGAGCAUGCUGUCUCGGUCUUUGGCCACUCUCUGUGGCAGUCAGAGCUCUCUGGCCCUAAGUGCUGUAGAUGGACAACAGUUUGGAGUCCACAGGCCCAGCGAUGAAAGUUUUGGUCCUUAUGGUCAGCAGGGCUACACCAUGGACUCACACAGAAAAGUGCCUUUGAUGAACGGUCAGAUGUGCGUUCCUCCUCCUGCUCCCCUCCGCUCUCAGAUGAAUUCUGCUCAGGUUCCCAUGGCUCGUCAUCCCUCCAGAGAGCAGCUUAUCGAUUAUCUGAUGCUGAAAGUGUCCCAGCAGCCCCCGUGUCCCCCCCGUCACCCCCACGACACCCUGCCACACGAGAUGCACGUCAAAAUCGAGAAGAAUCCCGAGCUGGGCUUCAGUAUAUCCGGAGGAGUGGGAGGACGAGGGAAUCCGUUCCGUCCUGACGAUAACGGGAUAUUUGUGACGAGAGUUCAGCCUGAGGGACCUGCUUCUAAACUCCUCCAACCAGGAGACAAGAUCAUCCAGGCGAACGGUUACAACUUUGUUAACAUCGAUCACGGGAACGCCGUGUCCCUCCUGAAGAACUUCCCCAGCACGGUGGACCUGGUCAUCAUCAGAGACAUGGCAGCAUAGAGACUGGCCAGGACCCCAGAUGUCUGAAUGUUCACUUUUAUUUUUGUACACAGAGCAGGAGGAGGAGUCAUGUACAGCUGAACUGUUUUUAAUGGAAGGAUGAAACUGGGAGAAACCACUGCGGCGUGUGGGCGGAGUCUCUGCACCAGCCUUCACUGUGGGAGAAACAACACGCACGGCUAAACUGUGCUUUUCAUACACCUUUUUAAUCGUUCACCGUAGAGUACUACAAGGAGAUGACCAGCAGGGGGCGGGGCUCUCUGUGUGCUGACAUCAGCAUGCCUUUAUUUUUACUUUUAGUUUUACUUUUAAAUAACAUUUCACUUCCUUUGUAUUUGUUUUUGGUUUUUUUUAUUUAAAAGAGUUCUCUGACCUGUGGAGCUGUUGAUCUGGAGGCUGAUGCCACGUGCUGUGAGCAGAUUCUGAAUGUAGAACUGGUGCGCUUUAGGGAAAGUCUAACCACAUCCACACGUCUUCAACUGGACGCUCUGUCACACCUCUCAGGACUGUCCCUUUACUCCAUUAGAGCCAAACUGUUCUGUAAAGAACCUCCUGAAAUGUGUGUGAGAUGUGGUGCAGAGGAACUGAGGAGAAGGAGAAGUUCUGGAGGAUGAAAGAGAUGCCCAUGGACGUGUCUCAGAGUGAAUGCUGGGAAAAUCCGAUGUCCGAUAUUUAAUAGAUCCCACAUCUAAAGGGCUUCCUCUGGAGAUGAGUGAAUUUCCUCAUCUCGAGUCAGUCCAUAAACACCCACCGCUCUGAGCACACCUGCUGGCUCUGACCGCACCCACCUCUCUGACCACACCCACCGCUCCGACGUUUUUACUUCACUCUGAACUCGACUCACCGAUCUCGUCUCUCUCUACUUCUGUAGGGUUCAGUACUUGCAGUGUUGAGUCGUUUGUGUUAGCUUGUGGUGCUUGGACACAGACGGGCGAGUGAGAAGGACGUGAGAACUGCCAGUUGACCCUGACACGUCUCAGUUAGGGUGAAAGGUCGUGACAUUUUGACCGUUUGUGAGAGCAAUAGCAAGACUUCACUUUCAGAAAGACGGUUUGUCAGAGUGCAUUUUUAAAAAAAAAUAAGAAGAAGAAGAACAUGAGGAACUCUUUUAGUACUGCAUUUUUUGUGAUAGCAUUUUAUACUGUAAAUCUUUUAGAUGACCUAGGAAACAGCAUUUUUGAAUAUUUUGCAAAGCUGUUCUUAUGUCAGUGUGUGGUUUAAUCCUGAACGGAUCCUGAUCUCACCUUAUAAAAAGAGGAAGCCGACACCCUGAGCGGCUCCACGGCCGUCUCGGUGAGCACCGUGUCCAGCUGAAGGGUCAGCUCUGAUCCUGGACCUCCACAGUGGAGCUGAAAGGCUUACUUCUGUUUAAUUUUUUUUUUGUGCACAGCUCUGUACCUGAAUGUUGUAGCGUGUGAAAUUCCUGCAUGAAAUCACUCUCUCACUGAUUCUUAUUCUGGAUGUAAAUCAUCAUGGUUCUGAAGAUCUACACGAAUGAAUUCAAGGCCAAAUUCCCUUCAUCAGUGUUUGGAUUAAAUACAGAAUUAAACACUGAUGAUGGUGGUGUCUGUAGUAAAGCGGGUUUAGUCGACUCCGUGUUCUGAUUUUAAUUUAGAUUUUAGACUCGUCAUGAGGUCACUUUACGUCACUGACCAUCCGGCUCUGUAAAAGCAGAGAGUCCUGUUCUUCUCCUCCGUCUGCUGGGGUGUGAACAGAUCUCUCCUCUCUUGCUGGAUCAGCACUGUGUCUAUUCCACAUGGAUGAAUUAAAUAAAACCCUGUGAUUGUCGCACAUUAUAAAAUCUCACCACCGGAAAAUCGGACAGAAUAGAAUCCUGACCAUCCGGAGCUGAAAUUUAAAUCUUUAUCACUUAUAAAGUUCACCUGGUCUGUUCGGACUCUCCUGCAUUUCUCUAUUUAUUUUGCGCUUUAGAAACUGUAAAUGAGUUUCCUCUGAGUUUUUACUCACAGCAUUACUGACCUUUUCGUUAAUAAAGACCAGCAAUAACACCCCCCCCCCACUCCGACACACAGCAGCAGUUUUAAAAUGGAUAGCGAUUUUAAGGCUUUCUCUGGAAGCAGCUAGGUGAAGAUGAUCGCUAUGCAUUUAUUCUACAUUCCAGAUUUUGUACAUAAUUUUAGGGUUCAUGGUAUCCUGUGGAAACAAACAAACAAAAAAAAUAAAUAAACGAAUGUUCUUUUACAAA